AUGCGUCAUUGUCUGCAGUCUUACAGUAUUCUGGGUCCCAGUCUGUUUAGGAAAUCACCCAGGUUUCAGGUCAAUGGGGCCAGUGAAGAUGACCAAACUGAGGGGUCCCCUAGACCCGGAGGAUCCCAGGGGGUUUUGAGACGCAGCACCAGAACCACCAGGGACCAACAGUCCAUGAUCUACGACUGCCUCAUCACUGACACUGCUGAGGCGGUCCUCCACAAGAUUGAUGACAUGAAGAUGUGCCGCCACUUGAAAAACUCAAAACAAUCAAUUAUGUAUUCUAAAGCCCAGCGAAAGAAGACUACCGACUCUCCAACAGUAAAAACUGUUUCCAAACAAGAAACUGAAGAGUACUCUGAUGACGGUGGAGACGAUGAGGACGACGAUGAUGAGGACGAUGAAAACGACAAUAAUGGCAAGCGCUAUGAACCUCGACAGAAAAAAGCGGUGGUUCGUUACCAUGCGCCACUGGAUGAAUCCAGGAAUCAGCCGCCCAUGUUUUUCGACCGUCAGGCGACUUCCACUAGAGGGAGCUACCGCAUCAGUGCCUCAGUGCCCAGGAGUGCCUAUACUACCAGCCGAAGGAGUGGCAGGAUUGGGUCCAUAGGCAGGAAAAGGUAUGCUUGGCACACGCAGGAAGCCAGCUCCUCUGAUGAGGAUGACUCCUCUGAUGAGGAAGACGCAGAGCAAGAAGCCAAGAACAGGUGUCUGCCUCUGAAUUUGCGCAAAGAGGACAUUUUGGGAAUCCAUAAGGACAGAAUGAAGAUGGGUGCGAGCCUGGCGGAUGUCGACCCCAUGGUGAUUGACCAGUCGGUGCGCUUUGACAGCGUUGGCGGUCUGACAAGCCACAUCUCCGCCCUGAAAGAGAUGGUAGUCUUCCCUCUGCUCUACCCAGAGGUGUUUGAGAAAUUCAAGAUCCAGCCCCCAAGGGGCUGCCUGUUCUAUGGUCCCCCGGGUACGGGGAAGACCCUGGUAGCCAGAGCGCUGGCCAACGAGUGCAGCCAGGGGGACAGGAAGGUGGCCUUCUUCAUGAGGAAGGGGGCCGACUGCUUGAGCAAGUGGGUGGGCGAGUCGGAACGCCAGCUCAGGCUGCUCUUUGACCAAGCCUACCAGAUGCGGCCAGCCAUUAUCUUCUUUGAUGAAAUCGAUGGGCUGGCUCCGGUUCGCUCCAGUCGCCAAGACCAGAUACACAGUUCCAUCGUGUCCACCCUGCUGGCCCUGAUGGAUGGCCUGGAUAGCCGAGGAGAGGUGGUGGUGAUUGGAGCCACCAACCGACUGGACUCCAUCGACCCCGCCCUUAGACGCCCCGGACGCUUCGACAGGGAGUUCCUCUUUGGCCUCCCUGAUCGUGAGUCCCGGAAAGAUAUCCUAAAGAUUCACACCAGACAGUGGAAUCCUACACCGUCCGAUCCUUUCCUGGAGGAGUUGGCUGAUAAAUGUGUUGGCUACUGCGGCGCCGACAUCAAGGCGGUGUGCGCCGAGGCGGCCCUCUGCGCGCUACGCCGCCGUUACCCCCAGAUCUACGGCACGUCCCAGAAGCUCCUGCUGGAUGUGGGCUCCAUCAACAUCAACAGCAGGGACUUUGUGGCCGCCAUGAGGAAGAUGGUGCCAGCCUCCCAGAGGGCCGUGUCGUCCCCUGCCAAGGCCCUUACCCCCGUGGUCACGCCCCUGCUGGGCCCCGAACUCGCCAACGUGCUGGACGCACUGCAGAAGGUCUUCCCCCACGCCGAGCAGGGCCUCAAGAGGAAGAGGGACACAGAUCUGACAGCUAGCAUUCUGGAGGAUGACCUGAUGUACAGUGGGGAUGAGGGCCCCUCAUCCAAUAAUUCCAUCACCAAACAGACCACCACCAAAGGGAGCUUCCUCCAUUUUGCCAGGAGUGCGACCUGCCACCCCACCACCUACCGGCCCAGGCUGCUGCUGGCCGGGCGUCCCGGGGCGGGUCAGAGCUCCCACCUGGCCCCCGCCGUGCUCCACGCCCUGGAGAAGUUCACCGUCUACACCCUGGACAUGGCCGUGCUGUUUGGAGUCAGCUGCACCUCCCCCGAGGAGGCCUGUGCUCAGGUGUUCUGCGAGGCCAAGCGGACCUCCCCCAGCAUCCUGUACAUCCCCCACAUCCAGCAGUGGUGGGACACGGUGGGCCUGACCCUCAAGGUCACAUUCCUCAGCCUGCUGCAGGACAUCCCCUCCUUCUCCCCCAUCAUGCUGCUUGCCACCAGCAACGUGGCUCACCACGACUUGGCUGACGAGAUCCAGACUCUGUUCCGUUUGGAGUACGGAGAAGUGCACUCUAUCAAAACUCCCACCCAGCAGGAGAGAAGGAAGUUCUUUGAGAAUCUCAUCCUUAGCCAGGCUGCCAGGGCACCUGCUUCCAAGAAGAAAGCCUUGAUGCAUGCCAUGGAGGUGCUCCCCCUUGCCCCUCCUCCUCCCCCCAGGCAGAUGAGUGAGAGGGAGCGUCUGCGUCUGGAGGAGCAGGAGGAGGACACACUCAGGGAGCUGAGGCUGUUCCUGCGCAAUGUCACCGAGCGCCUCUCCCAGGACAAGCGCUUCAAGGCCUUCACUAAGCCUGUGGAUGUCGAAGAGGUUCCUGACUAUAUUAAGGUGAUCAGGCAUCCCAUGGACCUCUCCACUGUGCUGUCCAAAGUCGACCUCCACAAGUACGUGACCGUCAGGGAGUUUGUCAACGACGUGGACCUGAUCUGGAAGAACGCCCUGGAGUACAACCCUGACAGCGACCCAUCUGAUCGUCAGAUUCGUCACCGAGCUUGUGCCCUGAAGGACACGACCCACGCUAUCAUCCGUGACGAACUGGACGAGGACUUUAACAGGAUCUGUGAGCAGAUCAGAGAGUCACGCAACAAGAGAGGGUGCACGUCAUCAAAGUUCGCCCCCUCUUACUACCAGACCUUGCCCAGAGAGGAAGGGUUCGCAGAGUCCAAGAGGCCAGGCGGUAACACUGGCAAAGACGCCAGCACCCCGUUCACUGCCAACACCCCACGGCCCGCACAGAGGCGUGUGACCCGUGCCACUAGGACUCUGGUGCAGCAGCAACAGCAGUUGAUUGACGUGGACAAGGCCCUGGAGAUCCUGACCCAGAAGACCCCACAGCUGGUUGUGGACCACGACAAACUCAAGGAAUUGCUCAAAAGAGCUGUGUCCAAGACUGAGGGUUAUGAGGUGCAUCAGCUGGAGAAGCUCUAUGCGUUGUUGUGUCAGAGCAUCUACAGAUACCGCAAGAACUUUGAUAAGACGGAGCUCGUACAGGAAAUGAAGGGAGACAUUGACAACUUUUCCUAACUUCGCUUGAUGUUUUGCUUAUUUCCAUAUUGUAAUAAAAUAUGAUGCAUUUAAA